AUGUCGGCGUCCAGUUCCGGUGCUCAAGCUAUCUGCCCAUGGGCGUUCAUGGGGUUCCUUGACUCGACUACUCCUCCGCCCACAGCUCCUCCUCCGCCCAAGGCGAAAACUUUCGCAUCAAUUGUUUCAGAUUCAAUUGAAUCAUCGGUGUCUCUUAGCCAACUACCUGCACCGAUUGUUCGCGGAGAUAAAACAUACAUUAAGAUCAAUGAGGCUCUUUAUCAGGAGCAAUUGAAAAGUUUCAAAACCAACCUCCUUGGUCGUCUACUACUCCGUAAAGGCUCUGCACCUUUGAAGACUGCUGAUCUCAAGGGUAUGCUUAACACUCUGUGGAAGCCCUCAGCUCCAUGGCGUCUUGUUCCGUUGGGGAAAGGAUACUUCGACAUUCACUUUGCAACAGAGGAUGAUUUGCGAAGAGUUUGGGGAGGGGGUACAUGCACCCUUGCUACUGGUAUUUUCAGAUUGGCUCAAUGGAAGCCAGAUUUUGUGCCGGGAGACGUUCUCCCACAGACCCAUGCUCAACUUUGGGUCAGAUUUUAUGGUUUGAGCCAAGACUAUUGGCAUCCUCAACAUCUAAUGGAGAUUGCUCAUGGAGUGGGUACUCCAUUGCAAUUAGACCGGGCUACGAAGGAGCGUGAGUUUGGCUAUUAUGCCAGAGUGUUAGUAGAUGUGGAUCUUGCCAGGGAAUUACCAUCUUCGUUGAUGAUCGAGCGUGAAAAUCAUUGUUUUCCCAUUGAAGUGGUCUAUGAAAAUUUGUGCACCCAUUGUGGUUUGGUUGGCCAUACUGCUGAUCGUUGUAAGCAACUAAACGACAAGGAACAAAGGAACAAGAAACAGCGUGAGAAGCCUUCUCAGCCUUUGACUACUGUAGUGCGUCAAGAGUACAGGGUAAAGCGUAAUGUGGUCACUUCUGAUAUUAGGCAUGAUAUGCAGAUGGUCUAUUCUUCUCCACCAAAUAUGACUAAUGAAAUUGUUACAAAGGAUCAACAUGCUGCUCCAACUAUGACAGUUGAUGACGACUCUCCUAGGGUCCAAUCUUCUGAAAGAGAAUUGGUAGAAAUUGCUCAGUUUGCACAAACCGUUAUUGAAGAGGCGGCUUUGGGUGAAAUGGAGACUAUUGCCCAGCGAGUAAUAGAGGAGCCAUUGGAAGCAACUAUUGAGGUUGCUAAUGCAAGGAAGGAUGACUUGAGCUCCUCGGAAACGACUGAACAAGUUCUUGAGGAGCAUUUUUCUUUGGAAAAUGCAGCAGGUGAGUUGACAAAAGGGAAAACUAGUGGCCAUGACUUAACUGAGGAAGACCAGUGCACAACUGGUAUUGAUGGAACCCCUCCUAGGGGGCAAUUUGAAAUGCAAGCAGUGAAUUCUAUGAUGGGGGGUGAUACAGGCCUUAAGAAUAUGACCCUUGUUCUUUCUAAAGGGCAGAAAAAGAGACUUCGCAAACAGCAAAGAGAGGAAAAGCAGCCAGAAGAGGGCACUGUGGAUCGUUACCCCGCAAGAAAUAGGGGUCCUCCUCAUAAGCUUAAUUUAUGA